UGCUGCCGAAGAGAUGACACUGAACAAAACAUCCCACAGUGGAAGACUAGCUUGUUCCCCAGGAAGUUGUGGGCAACACACUGCGAGUUUCUCAUCACCAUCUUGCGCAAAGUAAGAGUGAAGUGGUAUUCAUGCUGGGUGCGCACUGGGCAUCAGACACUGGAAGUUCAUGGACCCGAAUGAGCCAUAUCCCCCGACUACCCCUAGACCUGCUGGCACCACUGGCACCAUGAAAACAGUCCUGUACUUGAUCUUCACCUUUGUGAUAGCUCUACUAGUUGGGGCUGUACUUUUUGGUUUGUAUCUUCACACGAAACUGGACAAGGUGGAAGAUGAGAUUAAUUUACGAGAAGACUUCUUGUUCCUUAGAAGAUUACAGAAAUGUCUGAAAACACAAGAUGCUGACACAACGUUGCUGAAUUGUACAGCAAUCUUAAACCUAUUCCCAGAUCUCCUGGACCGAAUAAGCAAGGUUCCCCUUCCCCCGGAAAGUCCUCCUGCCAUGCAAAAAGGGGAGAAGUCAACAGCAUCCAUUCACCUUGCAGGUUUCAAGGACAGCUCUCAGCCAGUAUCAGUUUUGCAAUGGACUGAGGCACUGUAUGCCCCGAAUGAUGACACAUUUUCCUACCAAGAUGGAAAGCUAAAAGUUGCCAGAGGAGGAAGAUACUAUAUCUAUGCCCAAGUCACCUUUUGCAUGGAAUCUGGGCUGCAUGUGCCAUUCAGUGUGUACAUGUACCUGCAUCUGCCUUCUGAGAAAGACCAGCUACUGCUGAAAGGAGUGAGAACACCUGGUCGUUCAAACAACGUAUGCAGCAUGCAGUCAGUUCAUCUUGGAAGAGUUGUCAAACUCCAGCAAGGGCACACUGUCUUCAUCAAUGUGACGGACCCCUCCAAAGUGAACUAUGAUCAUGGAAACACAUACUUUGGCAUGUUUGAGAUCUCUGAGAAGAGCCUGUGAAGCUUUGUUGAACAAAGUACCGCCCUUCAGUCCAUAAUAUUUAUGACCUCAUCCCUCGUGGGUUUUAUUGCCCUUAUCCUAUUUUAUUUUAUUUAUUAACAGAGAAGUGGAAUGUUACUCCUCAGAGCGUGAAAUAUAAU